AGGCCCCAGGCCACACAAGCCACAGCGAGUCACCAACGACCACUCCACUCCACAUCCAAAAUGGCUUUCGAAGGGGAGGUCUCCAGGCUGGCUGCUCGCAUAGCGGCCAGCUCGCCGGCGCGGGUGAGGAUGGCGGUGGGGACACUGGCACGCAGCAGCGCCGCCCGCGCCGCCGCAGAUGCCCUGGUCUAUCUCUUCGUUGGCACCAUCUGCGUCCUCUCCGCCGCAACAUUCCUCUGCGCCGUCGCAUUCCGCGCCUGCGGCCGGAACUGCAGCGUUGCCGCCGCGAUCUUGUUUUAUUCUGGUAUGCUCUCCCUGCUACUCAUGGUGCCAGCGAUGGUACUCUUCUUCCUGCGCGCAGCCGGCAGCGAGGUCAAGUAUGAUGUUGUGGAGGACCGCCUCCGUCCGUGGCCGCUACACCGGACGGCUGUAGCGAUCUGGAGGUUCUUCGUCGUGGCGACGUCGGUGGAAUUCAUCGGGCUGGUUCUCCAAAUCUGUGGAUUUCCAAAGGUUUCUUACCUUCUCCGCGCUGCGGCUCUGCUGUGCAUGCUCCUAGUCAUCGCCCUCUUCUGCAUCCGUGCUGCUGUGGCGCUGUGGAGGAUGAAUCCUCGACAGUCGGCUGCAGUUGCUGCUGUUGUGUUUGUGUACAUGGUGUAGUGUGUGUGUACGGAGUAGUAAUCUAUCUAGUGUAGUUGCCUCACCUUCAGUGCUUCUUAGUUCAGUGCUGCCUAUAUGACUUGACGUAUGCUCUGAUGAAUUUCAGUAUAUAUAUGUAAUCAGGUCCCUCAUUUCACUACCUAUAUGACUUGACGUACGCUCUGAUGAAGAGCUUCCAUUCUA